AUGUCAACCCCCGACGGCCGCGCCGCCCCCGCCCCCGCCCCCGCCAGCGGCACCCUCCUCCGCGUGCUCACGCACACGCAGAACGCGAGCGCGGCGGUAUUCGGCGUGUUUCUGACGGUGCACCUGGCCGCGCCGAUCGCGGCGGCCGUGGGCGGGCUGGCCGGUGCGGAUGGGGCCAUGCUCAUCGGCCGCGAAUACUACCUCCCCCUCGAACCUAUCGCCGUGUUCGCGCCCCUCGGGCUGCACGUAGCCGCCAGCAUCGCGCGGCGCGCGCUCAUCGCGGCCAAGACGGGCCCGCGCAAGCUCAGCACACAGCAGUACCUAGGCUACGCGCUGCUGCCGCUCGUGCUCCCGCACCUCCUGCUGCACCGCUUGAUCCCUGCCGACGCCGCGCCGCCCGUGUCCGCCCUCUCGCCGAGCGAGUUCGGCUUCGAGUUCGUCGCGAACGCCGUGGCCACGCGGCCGUGGAUGACGGUCGGGUACCUCGCCUUGACGGGUGCAGGGCUGUUCCAUGCCUUUGUGGGCGGGAUGAAGGUCGUCGGGUGGGCGAAAAGGUUGUUGGGUAAGGGGAAGAAGGGGGCCGAUGGCGAGGUCGCUGGCGCGGGCGCCGCGCCGCGUAAGGUCGGGUCGAGGAGGCGUAUUGGCCUGCGUGGGAUCGUCGCGACGCUCGUCGGCGUUGUGGGGAUCGGACUGUGGCGCCUCGGCGACGAGUCGGCCGGCAUCUCGACGACGGUGCUCAGACGGUACGACGCCGUGUACGCCGCUGCGCCUUGGGCCGGGCUGGGGCUGAAGUAGACGCAUGUAUACAUGGAAAUGGGG